GGCUAACAAUAGCCGGAGCUCAGUUUACUGUGGAAGAAGCAGGAGGGAGACAGAGCGGAGCGCAGCCGGCAGGAGAGCACACUUCCCCGGAUACAUGAGACCCGCGUUCAGCCCCAACACUCCGGUAUCUUUAUCAACCUCCGGAGCGGCGGCUGCAGGUUCAAUCUGUCCAACAGCCUUUCAGUGAGAGGACCGACCCAGAGACGACAUUAACAGGAGCGGUCGGCUGCAGCUGAGCUGAAGAUGUCCGAUAAUGGGGAGGUCGAGGACAAGCCCCCUGCUCCGCCCAUGAGGAACACCAGCACCAUGAUUGGCUCCUGCAACAAGGACCCCGCCCCCCUCAACCACAGCUCCAAGCCCCUCCCACCAAACCCGGAAGACAAGAAGAAGAAAGAUCGCUCGAUCCGAUUCAUCCUGACCGGAGGAGGCGAUAAGACCUAUAAGAAAAAGGAGCGUCCAGAAAUUUCCCUGCCAUCAGACUUUGAACACACCAUCCAUGUGGGCUUUGAUGCUGUCACCGGGGAGUUUACUGGCAUGCCGGAGCAGUGGGCCCGGCUCUUGCAGACAUCCAACAUCACCAAGUUGGAGCAGAAGAAGAAUCCUCAGGCCGUCCUCGACGUUUUAAAGUUCUACGACUCGAAGGAAACGGCCAAUAGCCAGAAAUACAUGAGCUUCACAGAUAAAAAUGCAGAUGCCUACAGUUCCUCCACAACAACGCAGAGCGCCAAGGCCGUGUCAGAGACGCCCGCCAUAACAACCGUAUCCGAAGACGAGGACGAGGAUGAAGCCGAGCCACCGCCGGUGAUCGCCCCACGACCAGAGCACACAAAAUCCAUAUACACUCGCUCAGUGAUCGAGCCCCUCCCUCUUCCCCCUCCGACCAAAGAUGCAGCGACCUCCCCCAUCAACCCGCCAGCCGCUGCGGCCGCCGCCGCCGCCCCCGCCCCGCCUGCAGACGGAGCUCCCAGCAGCCCUCCCAGUGCGAGCCCUGCCCCCGGACCUUCCCUGUCCCGCCCCCAGGACAAAACCAGGAAGAAGAAGAUGUCAGACGAGGAGAUUCUGGAGAAACUACAUGUGCUCAGGUCUCCCUCUGCUGGGACGAUUGUAAGUGUUGGAGACCCCAAGAAGAAAUAUACACGGUUUGAGAAGAUCGGACAGGGGGCGUCUGGGACGGUGUACACAGCCAUCGACAUCGCUACGGGACAGGAGGUCGCCAUCAAACAGAUGAACCUGCAGCAGCAGCCGAAGAAAGAACUGAUCAUCAAUGAGAUUCUGGUGAUGAGGGAAAAUAAAAACCCGAACAUUGUCAACUACCUGGACAGUUACCUGGUGGGUGACGAGCUGUGGGUUGUGAUGGAGUACCUGGCCGGAGGUUCGUUGACUGACGUCGUCACGGAAACCUGCAUGGAUGAAGCCCAGAUAGCUGCUGUGUGCAGAGAGUGUCUGCAGGCGUUGGAGUUCCUCCACUUUAACCAGGUCAUCCAUCGAGACAUCAAGAGCGACAACAUCCUGCUCGGCAUGGACGGCUCCGUCAAACUCACUGACUUCGGGUUCUGCGCUCAGAUCACCCCAGAGCAGAGCAAACGCAGCACCAUGGUCGGGACUCCGUACUGGAUGGCUCCGGAGGUCGUGACCCGUAAAGCGUACGGCCCCAAAGUGGACAUCUGGUCGCUGGGCAUCAUGGCCAUAGAGAUGGUGGAGGGAGAGCCGCCGUACCUGAAUGAGAAUCCACUCAGGGCGCUGUAUCUCAUCGCAACUAACGGAACGCCAGAGCUGCAGAACCCAGAGAAACUGUCGACGAUAUUCAGAGACUUCCUGAACCGAUGUCUGGAGAUGGACGUGGAGAAGAGAGGGUCGGCUAAAGAGCUGCUGCAGCAUCAGUUUCUGAAGAUGGCGAAGCCUCUCUCCAGUCUGACUCCUCUCAUCCUGGCUGCCAAGGAAGCCGCCAAGAACAACCGCUAGCGAGCCUUGCACUCAUUCAUUCAUUUGUCUGUCUAUCUCUCUCUCUCUAUCUCUCUCUCUCUCUCUCUCUACAUCCCUCCUUCCUUUCUCUCCUUUCUUCUCUUCCUGUUUUUCCGGGAGGUGGCGAUGGCUGCUGGGUUACAGUACCAGCCUCCCCCCCCCCCCCCCCUGCUCCCCUCGCAGGGAGAACGAACGUCAGUCGGUUUCGUCCUGUAACUUCUUUUUUCAACACUCCACUGGACUCGGACAGGAAGUUACAAGCAAGUAACUGAGUGACAUCAUCGGUUGGUCUGUGAUCAUGUGAUGUCAUUGCAUUGCUGACAUCACCGCCCCCUCAGUCGGUACGAACGACCUCAUACGGGAGAGAGAUCGUUUCAACAGAGCCCAAAGACUCAUGGGACUUUUUGUUUGUUCGUUUUUUUUAUCAGUGUUUUGGGCUUUUUUUUCUACCUUGUCUUUAAAAGCCACGGAGCACAACAGCCAACCAGCGCCCCCUGCUGCAGACUGUGUGUGUGUGUGUGUGUGUGAGCGCAUGCAUGCGUGUCUGCGUACAUGCGUGUGUGUGACAUCAUCCUGUCAUUCAUCCGUGGGUUUCAGUGGGACUGAUUUUAUCAUCCUCUAAAAGUGCAUUUGCUGAUUUUCAUUUCAUAGUUUUUUUUUAAAUCAACCUUUCUGUGUGUGUGUGCGUGCGUGUAUGUGUGUGUCCGUGUGUGUGUGUGUGUGUGUCACUUGGGGAUGUUAGGAUAUAAGUUGAUUGUCACCUUGUGUAGUGUUGGACUCGGAGCAGAGGAGGUUUGGUUCUGUGUCGUGUCUGUAGUGAGAUCUGUGAGCUACAGAAUAUUCAUAUUAAUAUUAAUGAGGAAACACUGGUACGACCGGAGCCAUCGAUGGACUGAGUUUGGACACAAGAGGCAAAGAUUCGACUCUGUCGUGUUUCUUCAGUCGUUCCAUUGAACCAGCAACAUUUUGUUUGGCUCCAAACAUUUAUACUUUUUUUUUAGCAUGAAUUUAAUAAUUUACAGUUACUUUUAUAUUGAGUGUAAGUGAAACUGGAAAUUCUUUUACUGAAGGAAACAACUCUCACUGAUCUUAUUUCAACCAGCGGAGGUUAGAUGGAGAAACUGACCCACACACACGUAAAGAUACUUCAUUUUCAUAAUGAACUCCUUUACCCAGAAUCCUCUCUGCCAAACUCGCUCCAUCUGCAGCUCGCCGUCGAGACUGAGCGAGAGAAUGUGCAUGUCAACGAGCGUUUUUAAUACGGUACGUUAAAGAUAGAGAAAUAAAUAAAAUGAGUUGUGAUGAUGCUGAAACUUGAAGUGUCGAUACAUGAAGGAUGCUUGUGUACGAUGGAGAAGAUCAUAUCUUUGUCCUAUUUUCAGAAGAGUGAGACAAAUAAAUACUACGAUGGUACUUUUCAGUUCAGAUCCCAGGAACCUCUGAACAGAUGGUGUAUAUUUCAUGUGUAAAAAAAAUAGAAACUGUUUCAACUUUUUGUUCAUGGACUUUUUGAAUCGAUCAAUGUUAGAAAACGAGCUCACUCCUUUUUUUAUUUUCAAUGUUAUUUUCCAACUGAGUUUUUCUACUGCCUGUUAACUGACAGGUCAAAGUUCAGAUCCUGCCAGAGACGAAGCUUCCAUCAGCAGCCGCGGUUCUUCGCUCGGCACUCGAGCGUCGGAUAUAGAAAAGAAAAAAUCAUGUGAUGUAAAUAUCCGACUCAGACCUGUCACUUUCAUUUCUGUUCUUAGUUUUUUAUAGUUUUUUUAUUGUAGUGUUUAUGUACCUGGCCUUAAACUGUUUCAAUGGUGCAGGACUGGCAUCAAUACAACCAACAACAGUGAAUAUUGUCGUCAACGCUUCACGGCUCCAACUAAUGAUUAUUUUGAUUAUCGGUUAUUAAUCUGCUCCUAGUUUUCUCUGUCAAGUUUCUGAAAUAUCAAAAAAUACUGAAUGUGUGUUCUUCAGUUUCCCAGAAUCAAAGACAACGUCAUUGUUUGUGCAACAGUUCAGAGCUCAAAGAUUUUCACUUUCCAGUGAUGCAGAACAAUAAAAGCAGAAAACACUCA